GGGAGAAAAUAAAUCUCCAAAUUGGAUUGAAAACCAAAAAAAAAAAGCGAAGAAAUUUGAAAACCUCGUUCCUAAAUCUCGGAUCGGGAAUUUUGAAUUAGGAAGCUUUGGUAAAAAAAAAGAGCUUAAAAAUUAACUUGGAUCUCUGUUUUUCUUAUCGUUAAUUUGGAAGGGACGACGGAAAGAACCCUAAUUUCCGUGUUUUGGGAUCAGUCUCUCGACGAGACUAAAAGGGGAUUCUAAAUCAGAUCGGGUUGUUGGAUUUUUUUGUUUGAAUUUGAUUUUUGAGCAGUGUGGAGAUUUUUACAUGCUUGUGGCUCGAUCUGGUUAUUCUAGAACCCUAAAUCGGAUGGGCAACGAUGAGGAUUUGAUUGUAUUGGCGGAUGUAGAGGAAGGAGAGAUCUCCGAUUCUGGGAACAACACUUCAAUUGAAGUUAAGCAGACUACGGCGGCUGAUGGCGGAGUUAUCGAUGGUGGAGCUGUGGCCGGAGAAAGAGGAGGAUCUAAUGGCAGCUCUAGGGUUUGGACAAUGCGUGAUUUGGUGACAAAGUAUCCUGCUUAUCGUGGAUACGCCAAUUCGGGUCUCUACAAUUUUGCUUGGGCUCAAGCUGUUCAGAACAAACCUCUCAAUGAAGGUUUGGGAAUGGAUUAUGAGCAAAGAGAGAGCUCUGAGAGUAAGAGUGGGGAAGGUGCUGAUACUAUUGUGAUUGACGACAGUGAUGAUGAGAAAGAGGAAGGAGAGUUGGAGGAAGGGGAGAUUGAUUUGGAGUCUGCCUCUGAUGAGAAAUUAGCUGCAAGAGCUCAGAUGGAGCCUGAAUCAUUCGUCUUGACAAGUGCUAACAAAGUGGAAGAUGAUAGGAUUCAGAAAGAGAGAGAUUUGGAGAACAAAGUGAAACUGAUCCGUGGUGUAUUGGAGAGUACUUCGUUGGUAGAAGCACAAACAGCAUUUGAAGGAGUUUGUUCUAGACUUUUGGGGGCUUUGGAGUCUUUGAGAGAGCUGGUUUCAGAUAAUGAUGAUUUCCCGAAGAGGGAUACUUUAAUGCAACUGUCAUUUGCUUCCCUUCAAACCAUAAACUCUGUGUUUUGCUCGAUGAACAGUAUGUCCAAGGAGCUUAAUAAGGAGACUAUGUCAAGAUUGCUAUCUUUGGUAAAUGACAAUUUCUCCCGAUUUUUGUCAUCCAACCAGAAAAAUGAGAUAGAGACCAUGAAUCUGAAUUUAAGCCGUUCCGCUGUUGCACCUAAUGCCGGAACCAGCAGUGAGGAGAAUAUUAACCGAGCUCAGACAAGUAAUGGUGAUUCUUUUCUCCAGAAGCUGUCUUUAGAAGGUACUCAUCGAGGAGCCUUCCAUGUAAGGAGUAGGCUGCCUCUCCUAGACCUUCACAAGGAUCAUGAUGCAGACAGCCUUCCAUCGCCCACAAGGGAAACAACACCAAGUUUACCCCUAAAUGGUCGCCAUACGAUGGUUAAGCCAGGUUUUCCCGUUAGUAAAGCGGGCCAAACGACUGAAGGUGCCAAAGUCUAUCCAUAUGAUAGUGAGGCCCUUAAAGCAGUUUCUAGUUACCAGCAAAAAUUUGGUCUUAAUUCAUUCAAGACAGAUGACCUUCCAAGCCCAACACCAUCAGGAGAGCCUAAUGAUGGCAAUGGAGACAUUAGUGGAGAAGUUUCUAGUUCUGUUGUUAAGAGCUCGAAGCCGGGGGCUCUCCUGAUUUAUGGGCAAGAUGUUCCUCUGCCGUCCACUUUUAAUUCUAGAAGUGUGCCUGUUGCAAAUGCUGUUUCUAACACUGUUCCACCACAUCAUCUGUUAAACCAUGGUAUUUCUGCACUAACUUGUGCUACUCAAACAAGUGCUGCUCAAACAAUUCUUGCAUCUAUUCAGACAGUAAAACCUUCUGCAAAGAGUCGAGAUCCAAGACUACGGCUUGCAAAACCCGAUGGUGCCAAUGUAACCAUUUCUCCGUACUCUGCUGACGAGUCUAGAAAUCUUUCUAAAGUAGAGCCUUGUGCAGACUUUGUGAACCCAAGAAAGCAAAAAGCCACUGAUGAGCUUUUUAUUGAUGGGCCUGCAUGGAAAAGAAAAAAGAGUGAUAAGAAUGCGCCAAAGGCAGCUGGAAUUGGUGGCUGCCUUGAGGAUACAGAAUCAUCAGGGCUCCAAAAGCUGGAUUCCAAGACCAGGCUAAUUGAGAACGGAGUAACAUCUAUGACAACAAGUGUUAUGUCCAUGAGUGGUGUUUCUGUAAGCCAAAAAGUACCGACGACAGCUUUAACUGACGCUGCAUCAUUGUCAUCGAUUCUUAAGGAUAUUAACCCUACAAUGUUACUUAAUCUCUUUAAAAUGGGAGAAAUGCAAAAGGUACCAGAAAAAGCUCCCCAGAAGCCCAAAGAUCCAAGAAGAGCAGCACAACUUCCUGGCUCUUCCGUGCCACCACCUGCAUCGAAUGCUCUAGCUGCAAAUUUUUCACAGCCAGGAGCGCCUCAGGAUACUUCCCAAUACGCCCCCUCCGGCGAAUCUGGAAGCAUUAGCAUGAAACCACGUGAUCCUCGCCGAAUCCUGCAUGGAAGUACUCUUCAAAGAACGGACUCUUCGGUGGAAAAGCAGUCCAAAAUGAAUGACGCACACACUCUGGGAACCUUGGCUAUGAAGGUUAAGACAGAAGAGUUAGAAACACCUUCCCAGCUUGUUCCACGGCAAAAUAUCGGCCAGAAUGGUAUCAGCAAAAUGAAAAUUUCGGGUGAACUUUUCAGUGGAAAGACACCAGAUAUUUCAACACAAUUCACCAAAAACCUGAAAAAUAUUGCUGAUAUGGUUGUCGUAUCACAACAAGCUGGCAAUCCUCCAGCAGUUCCGCAUUCAGUAGAGAUUAAGAUGGACAAAGAUGUUAAACAGAAUCCUUCACAUCUCAACGAACAGGGGGAUGGUGUGUCAGUUUCAGCAGCAUCAGUAACGGCUGCAGGUCCUACUCGUUCCAUGAACAGUUGGGGAGAGGUGGAACAUCUAUUCGAAGGAUAUGAUGACAAGCAGAGAGUAGCUAUCCAAAGAGAGAGAACUCGGAGGUUAGAGGAACAGAAGAAAAUGUUUUCAUCUCAAAAGCUCUCUCUUGUCUUGGAUUUAGACCACACCCUUCUCAAUUCAGCCAAGUUUCAUGAGGUUGAAACCGCUCACGAGGCGAUUUUGAGAAAGAAGGAAGAACAAGAUCGUGAGAAACCAUAUAGACAUCUCUUUCGGUUUCCCCACAUGGGAAUGUGGACUAAACUUAGACCAGGGAUUUGGAAUUUUCUGGAGAAGGCUAGCAAGCUGUACGAGUUACAUCUUUACACUAUGGGGAACAAAUUGUAUGCUACAGAGAUGGCCAAACUGCUUGAUCCCAAAGGGGUUCUCUUUAAUGGGAGAGUGAUAUCGAAAGGAGAUGAUGGAGAUCCUCUUGACGGAGAUGAACGAGUACCCAAGAGCAAAGAUUUAGAAGGAGUUAUGGGUAUGGAAUCGUCUGUGGUGAUCAUAGAUGACUCUGUCCGAGUGUGGCCUCAUAACAAAAUGAACUUAAUAGUUGUCGAAAGAUAUACUUAUUUCCCUUGCAGUAGAAGGCAAUUUGGGCUUCUUGGUCCUUCUCUUCUUGAGGUUGAUUUCGAUGAGCGACCUGAGGAGGGCACAUUGGCAUCUACAUUAGCGGUUAUUGAGAAAAUACAUACAAAUUUCUUCUCGCACGCUUCAGUAGACGAAGCAGAUGUGAGGAAUAUAUUAGCUUCCGAGCAACGGAAGAUAUUAGCUGGCUGUCGGAUUAUAUUUAGUCGGAUAAUCCCAGUGGGGGAAACCAAACCGCACUUGCAUCCCUUGUGGCAAACUGCUGAGCAGUUUGGUGCUGUCUGCACAACUCAGGUGGAUGAACAUGUCACUCAUGUUGUCACCAACUCUCUUGGAACCGACAAGGUGAAUUGGGCACUAACCAGGGGUAAAUUUGUUGUUCAUCCUGGCUGGGUGGAAGCAUCAGCUUUUCUGUACCAGAGAGCAAACGAAAGCAAUUAUGCCAUCAAACCAUAAACCAAAUUCCAUUUUCUGCCCCCACUAAAUAUCCCCACCACCAUAUUUGAGACUUGACAAAGCCUGAACACCCAAAUAAGUCAUAUCGGGUUGUGAUUAGGCUAGGCCCCCAGGCCCCCUCGGGGAUUGUCGCCUUAUCGGGUACAUAUGCAUUCUUUGGGUCCGAAAAGAGGCAUCCAUUGAAAUGCCCAAAAGUGUUGGGGCUGUUAACAUAAUUGUGUCUACUACUAACUUCGGGGAGAGGGUGAAGGAAAGUGAUCCGUCUCUGGAUAUAAAGUAACACCAGAGAGACCCUUCAUCAAGAAAGUGAUGAUGGGUCAGGGUCAUGUGCCAAGGAGAGGAUCAUGUUCACUUUUGUCCUCGACUGUGAAUUCAUCAGGAGUCGGACGUGGGUUCGCUCCGAUAAAUGUUUUGAUAUUUA